UCUUCCUCACGGCAUCUUCCAACAGCCCAAACCACACAACAUUAUUCAUUCUGUCUCCUAAAACAACAACCAAUGGGAGAAGCGGCGGAGCAAGCAAGUGGUUUCCACGUAACCACCACUAGGAAGCAGCUCAUCACGGCGGCUCUUCCUCUCCAGGACCACUGGCUCCCUCUCUCAAACCUCGACCUCCUUCUUCCACCUCUCAACGUCAGCGUUUGCUUCUGCUACAAGAAACCAUGUAACAUCACUAUUUCAGUGGCUCAUGAAACCCUCAAGACGGCACUGGCCGAGACUCUCGUCUCCUACUACGCUUUUGCCGGCGAGAUAGUCACCAAUCCAACCGGAGAACCGGAGAUUCUAUGCAACAACCGCGGUGUAGAUUAUGUGGAGGCCGGUGCUGACGUGGACCUCCGAGAGCUUAACCUCUAUGAUCCUGAUGAAAGUAUUGCCAGGCUUGUUCCCAUCAAGAAACAUGGAGUCAUAGCGAUUCAGGUGACACAACUGAAAUGUGGGAGCAUAGUUGUCGGAUGUACAUUUGAUCAUCGUGUAGCGGAUGCGUAUUCCAUGAACAUGUUCCUUAUAUCAUGGGCCGAGAUCUCUCGAUCCGACGUACCAAUCUCUUGUGUACCAUCGUUUCGAAGAUCUCUACUAAACCCUAGACGACCCUUGAUCAUUGAUUCAUCUAUAGACCAGAUGUAUAUGCCUGUCACGUCCUUGCCCCCUCCGCAAGAAACCACCGAUCCAGACAGUAUCCUUGCGAGCCGUCUCUAUUACAUCAAAGCGGAUGCAUUAGACGAGCUUCAGACCCUAGCUAGCGGAUCAAAGACUACACUCAAAAGGACGAAACUCGAAGCGUUCAGCGCGUUUCUAUGGAAACUUGUGGCCAAACACGCGGCAAAUGAUCCAGUUCCGACCAAGAACUCGAAACUAGGUAUCGUUGUGGACGGUAGGAGGAGACUUAUGGAGCAAGAAAACAAUACUUACUUCGGAAACGUUCUCUCAAUCCCAUUUGGUGGGCAAAAGAUCGAUGACUUGAUCAACAAGCCAUUAUCUUGGGUGACAGAUGAGGUUCACAAGUUCUUGGAGAGUUCAGUGACCAAAGAACAUUUCUUGAACUUGAUAGACUGGGUUGAGACUCGCCGACCAAUACCUGCGGUUUCAAGAAUCUACAGCACCGGGUCCGAUGACGGCCCGGCCUUUGUGGUUUCUUCCGGGAGAGGAUUUCCGGUGAACCAAGUGAAUUUCGGGUGGGGCUCGCCGGUGUUCGGAUCUUAUCAUUUCCCAUGGGGAGGUAAUGCUGGAUAUGUGAUGCCUAUGCCGAGCUCGGUGAACGACAAAGACUGGAUUGUUUACUUGCACCUUACGAAAGGACAGUUGAAGUUUAUUGAGAAAGAGGCAUCUCACGUGCUUAAACCCGUUGACAAUACUUACCUCAAGAUUUAAAACCCUAAUAUGUUGGUUAAUGCAACAUCAGUCAUGGGUCAUUUGUGUUUUAUGUGUGAUUAUGUUUGUCUUGCGUCUUUGUAUUUGAAUUAUUGUAUGUAUUAUAUGGUGUUGCAACCUUGUAAUAUAUGAACUACUAUC